ACACACACACACACACACACAAACACGCAUGCACAGUUAGUGACAAGGCUGCUCACUGCUACACACACACAUCCAUUCUGCUUUAUAAUCAUCGUCAUCAUCAGUCGUCUGUCAUCCGUCCAUCAUGCACAGCAGAGAGCAGAUCAGUCAUGACGAAUACCAGAAGACAGCUGACUGGUUGAUGUCUCAGACGAGGCACCGUCCCCAGGUGGCGAUAAUCUGCGGGUCCGGACUGGGGAUGCUCGCUGACACCCUCAAGUGUCAGGACUCCUUCGCUUAUUCUGACAUACCAGGCUUCCCCCAGAGCACAGUGCAGGGUCAUGCAGGUCGACUGGUUUUCGGGGAACUGAAGGGGAAGACAUGUGUGUGCAUGCAGGGUCGCUUCCACAUGUACGAAGGACACUCACUCUGCAAGACAACGUUUCCAGUUCGAGUCUUCAAGCUGUUGGGCGUGGAGACUCUGAUUGUGACAAAUGCUGCCGGCUCAUUGGCUGACAGUCUCCAGCCUGGUGACAUCAUGAUCAUCAAAGACCACGUUAACUUCCCUGGACUGGUCGGUCUGAACCCGCUGAGUGGACCCAACGACGACAAGUUCGGUCCUCGUUUCCCAGCCAUGUCAGGUUGCUACGACAAAGGCCUGCGUUGCCUAGCAUUGGAUAUUGCCAAGCAGCUGGGCGUGGCCAGCCUCAUGCAGGAGGGCGUGUACGCCAUGGUGGGAGGGCCAAACUUUGAAACCAUCGCUGAGGCCAGACUAUUGCAUCGACUGGGGGUGGAUGCUGUCGGUAUGAGUACGGCUCCUGAGGUCGUCGUAGCGACUCACUGCGGUCUCAGAGUCUUUGGUCUCUCUCUGAUCACCAACAAGGUGGUGAAGAGCUAUGAGGACUCUGAAAGUGUGAACCAUGAGGGCGUCCUGGAGGUCGGCCGGCUGCGUUCUCACACUGUGCAGCAGCUGGUGACUGAACUGAUCAGCAGAAUGGAGAUCAAUAAUAACAACACCAUCAAUACUGCUGUCUGAACACACACACACACACACACACACACACACACACACACACACACACAAAUAUUGUGUAUAUAUUUUAUAAUUGUAUUUUGAGCAUUUUUAGAGCUUCUUCCUGUUUUUGUUUAUCAACCUUAUUUUUUAUUUCUGCUGUUAUAAAAACUUUAUUUAUAUCACCAUGGUGCCUAAUAAUUCUCUAUCAGGGUAAAUAUGAAUGUAAGUAUUCAUUCGUGAUAUUUUAUUAAUCCUAAGAUUAAGAUUAAUAUAAUGUUGAUAACUGUUUGAUGGUGCUUUAAUAUAAAAAGUUAUGACGAUGAUUUUUCUGUCUUCUCUUGUACCUUGUUUGUGAUGAAUUAUUGAAUUUCAUUUUGUAAAAAACAAACAAACACUGACUCCUUGAUCCAUAUUAAUCUGAUUAAAAUAUGCUGCCAAAUAUCUCA